AUGUUGAGCAAGUCGCAGCGCGAUGCACCUGAAGCCCUGCAGGACAUUCGUAUGUGUCCGAAGUGCGGCACCCGCAGUUAUCUCCGCAAGCGGGUGUGUAUCAACAUCUUAUGCCAGUGGUAUUACAUGCGUCAGGAGCCCAAUACCAAUCUUUGGGCACGUGGCCCCAUUCAGAGUUCAAAUGCCCAGACUGCAUCCUCGGGGUCCCUGGGCUCUUCGAGCAUGCAACGAUCCUGGAGCUGGACCUCGUGGAAGAACAGCGGCUACGCUGACGGCGUAUAUCAGAACAAGCUUGAGCAACAACUCCAAGACGUCCUCGAGGAGGAGGAAGCGGACUCGGAGGAGCCGGAGGACCCGGAGGUUCAGGUUGUGGCUGCUCGGGAAGGCGACGGGCCACGGAUCGAGGAGGUCGUGUCCAGCGACGAAGAGGCGAAUGCCUUCAUCUUCGGCUUGGAGAAGAAAAACCAAGUGAGCUCUUAUUCCGAGUAUGAGGAGGCCCGCCAUGCAUGGGAAAGCGCUUCCCAGGAGCACAAGGCGGGGCAUGCUCUGAGGUCAGCCAUAAAGAUGGAGAAGGAGCAUAGCUAUGGCUCGGAGAAGGCUGCAUCGGCAGCCCAAGUGGCCCUUGAGGAGGGCCAAAAGUGGCAGAGGCUUCAGGCCAAGGGUGCUGCUUCGGAGAGGUUUGCAAAAGCAGUGGAAAAACGGCGCUUUGUGCCUGUGAAAGCAGAGCCGCCGGUGCAGGAUGACCCGUAUAUGCAGUAUGGGCAAGCUCCUGUGGAGGAGCCAAGCACCGGGGCCGGUGACACUGCUGAGCAAAGCACGGCUGCGAAUGAGCAAAGUACCCGUGAGGAUACUUGGGGCGAUUAUUCAAGCAGCUAUGGCCGUGGUUGGAAGAGCGGCGGUCGCAAGCAGCAGUCGAGCUCCAGCUGGGAGAGGCCCGGCCCGCAGAGUGGCAGAAGCCAGGAUGCCAUGCAGAAGUACAAUGAAUGGGAAGAGUUUAUGGAUAAAAAAUCCCAGGCUUAUUGGGGCUCGGAUCGAUGGCAGCGGGACUAUGCCUCUCAGGAGCAACAGCAGUCUUUCAAGAAGAGCAAAGGCAAGAAAAGAAAAUUGUGGCUCGCCAGCCAGAUUGAGACUCUGAAGCAGGAGGGCAGAUGGGUCGGAGGAGCUCCGUCGGAAUCCUCCAAGAAGCUUCGUUUGAUCCGUGAGGCCGAGGCGAAGCAGAUUGCAGGCCAAGGAGCCCGUCAGGAGGGCGGUGGUGCAGCUGAGGAGCCAGCUGCAGUGGAUGCGGGUCCUGACGAGGCUCAGGAGGAGCCCGGCUCGGGGCAUACCUGGCAGAGCUUCCGAUCCAUGGUGGAAGGCGCCGAGACCAUUGAACACGUGAUUGGUCUUGAUGAAGCCUACAAGCACCUGAAGAAUAACGAAGCGGAAACACAGGCAGAGCAGGCGGCUGCAGAUGAAACCCAGGAAGACCCUGAGGAUCUGACGAACUCCGUUGAGGCAGAGUCGGCAGCUGGUGUGCAUCACGUUUGCAGUUUGUUGCUCCUUGGUCUGUUGUGGGGAGUGAUGGGUGAAGAUAGUGCGGAUCCGCAGAGCGACCAUUCUCCACCGCAUUGGCAUCGGCAGCUGUACCCAGGUGGCAAAGGUCCGCAGAACAGCAAGAUGGCCAAGGCCAUGGCUGCAAAGAGCAAGGCCGCCAAGGCUAAGGUUAAGCACGAAAAGCAGGCGACCCCCAAGAGGAAAGCCAAGGCUGCCAAGGUGGAGCUCGGUGAUGCGGGCGAGGAAGACGAUGAUUCAACGGCACCGAGCGGCUUGGGGUAUGCUCGGGGCACAAUUUCAGCUGCUUUGACCGGGCUUCGCUAUCAGCUCAAAGCUAAAAAAACUACGGACGAAGAGAAACAAAACGCCCAAAAAGUACUCGAGGAGUACGAGGCGGGGGACAUUGCCACCAAGAGAGAGAUAUUGAGCAAGGUCUCACAGUUCGGCGUCCGUCAGUGUAAUUGGGUACACGAUUUGGUCAAGACGACGGCAAUUUUCAAGCUGGAGGGCAUCGAUGAAAGCGGCUUGGAGGAAGAUAUGAAGAAGGAUCUGCUGGAAGAGCUGAUGUCCGAAGCCGAAAAGCGGUACGGCUAUGAGAGAUCGACGAAAAUUCACCCCAAGUUCGAGGUGCUCAGCAAGUACUUCUACGUGCACUCGAAAGGCCAGGUGGCCCGCCAGGCCACUAAGACGGAGGAGUCCCUGGGAAGCCAUUGUUCCGGCAUGAAGAACUUGCAGUUGAAGGACAAGAGGUCCCUCGACAUCAUGUUGGGCAAGAGUGCGGCAAGCUCCAGUUCCAAGGAUCCGGCUUUGCAGCCGAGCCAGAGCCAUACCCUGGCAAAAGAUCUUUUGAAGAAGAUCGUGGCCGAGAAGAGAAAGCUGACCCAAAACAACGAGGAGCUGAAGUCUUUGAAGACCAAGAUUUCCACGAAGUACAGCGGGGACAAAACAUGGGAUAAUCGCAAGGACGACGUCGAUCAGGCGAUCGCAGCUCUCGAGGACUUCUUGGGUGUUCUUCGCCAGCACGAGGCCGAGAGUGUGCCGGCGGAUGUUACUUCCGAUUGCACCGAGCUUGUGGCCACCUUUCACACUGUCGUCGACCAGGCUGCCAACCACGACAAAGGCAGCAAGGCCUUGCUCAAGAAAGUCAAUGGCCUGAUGGAGUGA